AUGGCAGCAACUUUUAGACCUUAUGGUGAAUUGCCACUACUUCUUGACCAAGCAGUUGAGAGAAGUAGAUUGAUAUCAGAAACUUUACAGCAGUACGUUCUCGAAUACGCUCAAGAUUUCGAAUCUUUACAAGAAAAGAUUUCGAAACUCGCUUUUGAUCCUCUUAUUCAUAAAGAUGAGAAAAGCGCACCAGAUCCAAACGAAUUCCACUCCGAAAUUUUCAAAGAAUUUCCGAAAAUGGCAGUUAAAAACCUUCUCCAAGUAAAAUCUUAUGAAUAUGCAGCACAUCAGUUGAAGAAGUUCGCAAACAGCAACAUUGCUUCUACGCAAGCCCACUAUGCAGGCCGCGCUGCAGCGAUUAAGAAAUCUUUGCAGGAAGAGUUAGCAAGAUUCGAAGAAGCACGCCAGAAGAACGACGAAGCUAAAAACCGGUUUAACUUAGCCGGAUGUGUCCUCCGUGAUGCAGAAGCCAAAGGAGUUAAGGAUCUGGGCAAGUUACAACAAGAUUUCAUUGAAGCAAGAAGAAGAGCAAUCAACGCAAACACCAAAUCAAGGAUUGCUGCUGAAGCUUCAACCCAGAAUAUGGAAGCUUUAGUUACUCAGAUCGAAGAACUCGAGAAUUGGAGAAGUGAAGAAUUGAAAUCAAUUUUACUUGAUCUUUCAGCGAAAUUAGCUAAUGUUGCAAACCACCUUAUUACUACAUCAUCAGAUAUGGCUCAGUCUGCUCACGAACUCCCUCUUGAACUCGAUUCAACCAUCAUUUCUAAUUUCAACCAAUUCCGCCGCGCCGGAGCAGAUGAUGCCUUCCAGUUAUGGUCCGUCCACCCACUUACAUCGCAAUACCUCCCUCAGGACCAGCUCUUCAAGAAAGAACGCGAAGCUGGCGGAGUUCAGCUUUUCGUUGUCAAAGAAAACUACAAUGGUCCGGCCAACCAUCUCAACGCUUACGCUGGAGAGAUCGUUUGCGGACUCAAACAAGAAGGAGAAUACUAUCUUUGCAAGAAUAUUAACGAUAGUGUUGGAUUACUCCCAACAAGCCUCCUUAACUUCAUGUAA